GUGUUUGGGAAGAAAUAAAAUGAAUGAAAAGUGUCGUCUUUGUUUGGAUGGUUUUAGUUUUGCGGAUGCAACAUUCCUUAUCGACGAUACCUUCCGGAAAAUGAUUGAAACUGUGUUCAACUUUUCGAUCGUUGCAGAUGAAGCGCUCCCGGAAAAUGUUUGCCAACGAUGCCAAUCGCUGGUAUCGGAAUUCUACACGUACAGUCUCCAGGUAGAGGCCAACCAGCAGCAGCUUUGGGUACAUCUCAAAGAACGGAAAAAUGAAGUGAACGAAGAGGUUAAAAUUGAACCCGUGACCGAGGGCGAAAUUUACGAUAUCGAGUUUGCGGAGGUUCCUGUUUCGGUAAAGAUAGAGUCAAACGAGCCUCCCACACCGGCUGAUCAAAAUACUGAACGUAACGCUGAUGCAGACUACCGCCCGCGAGCGAAUGAUUUGGACGACGAGAUCGACGAAAAUGAUGACGAUGACGACUCGGUUAGGUCUGGCCCAACGGGAAUGAAACUUAGGAGGCACCGCCAAAGGAUGGUGAAAACUGAAAAGCAUUCCCGUGGUAUUACUGCUAAGCUAAAAUCGGAAGGCGAUAAAUCGGACACAGAGGAGAUUGCUAAGCAGGAAGACGACCAGCGAAUACAGGAAUUUUACAAAUUCGAGUGCGAGGUUUGUUCCAUGAAGCUGGAAAACUUGACGCACCUCCAAUCACACUACCGAAGGGAACACGCCAUAAAGGGCUACAUCCGCUGCUGUGAUAAGCAACUAUUCCGCCGGUUCCAGCUGUUGGAUCACAUGGCUGGUCACCAGGGAACGAUCAAAUGCGACAUCUGCCACAAAACCUACAAAAGCAGCCGCUAUCUGGCGCUGCACAUGAUGAAGAGUCAUAGCCGCGAAGAAGACCGCCCAUUUAAGUGCACCAAGUGCCGCCAGUCGUUCCACAAAGAGCAUCUGCUGAAAGCCCACCAAGCGAAUCACCUGGCGGAGAAGUGUCCGAUCUGCGACAAAGUAGUUUCGUCGAAGUACGCACUGAAAACGCACGUCUCGCACAUGCACGGAACUGACGGCAACCAGAUUUGCGACGUAUGUGGCAAGGAGUUUCGCACCAAGCAGGCCAUGGAACGCCACAUCAACGAGCAUCUGGGCGUUGAGGUGGUGCAGAAAGUACAGUGCCACGUGUGCCAGCGCUGGUUCCACGGCAAGUACAAUCUGAGGAAGCACAUCCGGUUUAUGCACAUCGAAGAUGGCCAAGUGUUCCGGUGCGACGUCUGUCAGCACGUGAGCCCCAACAGUCGCGCCCUGUUGGAUCAUAAGAAGCGUGUGCACGUGGAGGAGAAGUUCGCGUGUGAGUUUUGCGGUAAACGUUUCAAACGCAAGCUGUAUCUUCGCGAGCACAUUGCUUCCCACACCGGCAAGCCGCUUUACUCGUGCGAUGUUUGUAGCGCCACGUUCAAUUCCAAUGCGAAUUGCUACAACCACCGCAAAAGCAAGCAUCCCGUCGAGUGGGAAGCACGGAAACAGGCGUACUUGGAUGCCCAGAUGAAAAGUCCCACCGACGACAUAUGCGACGAUGUUCUGCUGCCGGUUCAAGUUUGCCAGAGAUGCGAUACGGCGGUGUCCGAGUUUCAUACGUACAGCCAACAGGUACGGGCGAACCAGGAGCAGCUACUCGGCCAGGUAGCGGAAGCGAAUGAAGAGCUCGAAAAGGUGAAACUAGAACCUGCUUCGACAGCGCAUGAGUUCUCUACCACUGAAACCAACGACGAGGAUGCGAGUCCUCCGAGUCCUGAACGAGUCAUACUUAUGGUGGAGCCAGUGAACGAUGCGGCGUGCGGUGAAGCCUCGGAUUCAUCUGACGAAGGAACAGGGGGUCGGCACGGCGAAACUACUCGUCUGAGUAACUCGGGAAAAAGUAAAGCCAAAGACAAAUCCGAUACCAACAAUCUAGUGAGGCAACAGGAGAAGGAUGAACGGAUAAAAGAAUUCUACACGUUGGAAUGCGAAAUAUGUUCGGCGCGAAUGGAGUCCUUCGCACAGCUCCAGGAGCACUACCCGCAGGAGCACGGUACGCGGUGCUACAUUCGGUGCUGCAAUAAGCAGUUCUUCCACCGCUACACCCUGAUCGACCACAUCGCCGUUCAUCGGGGCACUAUAAAGUGCGAAUUUUGUAAGAAGAGCUACAAAACACGGCGCUACCUGGCGCUGCACAUAGCCAAAAGUCACGGCAGCGAGGCGGACCGGCCGUACAAGUGCGACAAGUGUGGCGUCGGCUACCCAAAGCGGUAUCUGUUGCGGGCGCACGAAAUGCUGCACGUACAGGAGGAGUGCCGCAUCUGCAAAAAAGUCCUUUCCAGCCAUCAUGCGUUGAAGGUUCAUGUCGCCCAGAUGCACAGCAAUGAUGCGAACCAGAUAUGUGCCACGUGUGGGAAAAUGUUUCGCACGAAGCUGGCGAUGGAGCGCCACAUGAAGGAGCACCUGGGGCUGGAUCUGGUCGAGAAAAUGCAAUGUCUGUUCUGCCAAAAGUGGUUCAACGGGAAAUACAACCUGAAAAAGCACGUGCGCUACCUGCACUACGAGGAAGGGCAAGUGUUUCGCUGCGAUGUCUGCCAGCACGAGAGCCCCAACAGCCGUGCCCUGGCUUACCACAAGCAGCGUGUGCACGUAGAGGAAAAGCACGAAUGUGAGUACUGUGGAAAGCGAUUCAAGCGGAGACUGUACCUUCGCGAGCACAUCGCAUCGCACACGGGAAAGCCACUCUACACGUGCGAUAUUUGCGGCGUUCAGUUCAACUCUCACGCCAACCAUUUCACACACCGGAAAAACAAGCAUCCCAUCGAGUGGGAAACUCAAAAGCGUUUGCGAUCGAUACGAGAAAAGGGCCGAUCGGAUGAUCAACCCCUCGUCACAUAAAUGACUCUCAAGGGCAUCGCUUCGUUGGCUAGAAGCCGAACUCCUCCACCGUACUGUUAGUAUUAGUUUGCGUGGUUAGUGGCGAAACUGCGGUAAACGAAACAA